AUGAGAUCCUCACUACGUGUUGCCACUCUGGCCAUCAUUGUGGCUGCUGCGCCCAGCACGUCGGCCUCCCUCUGGAAGCCCGCGGGAGUCUGCAGAUCUAGUCCUAUCACUCAGGCCAUCGAGGAGAUCGACAAGACCAUCAAGAACAUCGAAGAAAAUUCCGCGCCAAGAAGCAAGGCGCCCAACCUUCCUUCUCGAACUGGAAGACGCUCAAGCCGGACCAGCGUCAACAUCAGGAAAUGGAGUAUCGACCUAGCAUUCUUCAACGACAACGGCGCCAGCGAAGUAGAGGAUGAAGAAGGCUUCUAUAUUACCCUGCUCCCAGCUGUCCCACCUGGCCGGCCUGGCCAGGUACGCCAUGGAGAAGGAAGCAUGCACGUCAUCUUGGACAUCCACGAGCUUCCCAGAGGCCAGGACGCCCUCGACAACCAAGGAAAGACGGGAGACCUGUACUGGUGGAACAACCAGACCAGCUUCGACCGUUCCAUCAACCUCGCCAAGGAGGCCACUGAAUCUAUCCUGGUCCCGUCCCGAACGGAACAGUGGACGCUCAGCGUGAUCAAUGAGCCCCUAGUGCAGGGACGACCGGCCUGCUUCUUCUCGGGGAGCACCUACACCUACGACGGCCCCUUCGACGCGUGCUACCUCGCCAAGAGAUACAGCGAGGCGACCAACCCCGUUUACAUCUAG